AUGUUUACAGCCACCAUGGCAGACCAAAUCGAAAAGUCCUUCCAGAAGCAACCCCUCUUCCAGAACGCCAAGGUUACGGCCAAGUCCAAGAAGUCGGCUGGCAAGGACCGUCGCUGGUACAAGGAUGUCGGACUUGGGUUCAAGGUGCGUUCGAUUCGAAGUCAUUCUGGGGAGUCUCCUUGGCGCUUGCUUGCUGAUGGCGUGGAGUUUUGGUUCUCAAUCUUCCGCAGACCCCCAAGGAGGCCAUCAACGGUACCUACAUUGACAAGAAGUGCCCCUUCACCGGCGAGGUCUCGAUCCGUGGCCGCAUCCUGACGGGCAAAGUCAUGUCCAACAAGAUGACCCGCACCAUCAUCUGCCGACGAGAGUACCUCAUGUUCGUCAAGAAGUACAACCGAUACGAGAAGCGACACAAGAACUUGGCCGCGCACUGCUCGCCCGCGUUCCGCGUCGAUGUCGGCGACCAGGUCACCGUCGGCCAAUGCCGACCUUUGUCCAAGACCGUCCGCUUCAACGUACUCCGAGUGUCCAAGGCCAAGGCCAAGACGUUCGUCAAGUACUAA